AUGUCCGGGACCAGGAACUUUGCAGUCGCCCUUCGACGGGCUCGCAUGCCCAAGCCGCGCCUCACUGGACGGCCACUCGUUUCUCAGAUCGCUGUGCCGGCCACUCGCAGCUUUUCGCAACGACCUGCGCUGCGAGCGACGAAGGAGAUCAAGUACACGAGCGACGCCUAUCCUUCGCUGAAAAGGAACCCUAACUUCGCUGAGAUUACCGCGGAGGAUGUGAAGUACUUCAAGGAGCUUCUGGGCUCCGAAUCAGCUCUAAUUGAUGGUGUAACGACCGACGCCACGGACGAUAUCGAGCCCUUCAAUGGCGACUGGAUGCGCAAGUACCGUGGACACACAAAGCUCGUUCUGAAACCGCAAUCAAAGGACGAGGUUAGCGAGAUUAUGAAAUAUUGCAAUGGGAAGAAACUGGCCGUCGUUCCGCAGGGUGGUAACACGGGCUUGGUCGGAGGUUCCGUACCUGUGUUUGACGAGAUCGUCAUCAACACUUCGCGGAUGAACAAGAUUCGGUCAUUCGACGAGGCUUCUGGUGUACUGGUUGUGGAUGCUGGUGUCAUCCUCGAGGUUGCUGACCAGUAUCUGGCCGAGCGACACCACCUCUUCCCGCUUGACCUCGGUGCCAAAGGCUCGUGCCACAUCGGCGGCAACGUGGCCACCAAUGCCGGCGGUCUCCGUCUGCUUCGGUAUGGCAGUCUCCACGGAACAGUUCUUGGGGUUGAAGCCGUGUUACCGGAUGGAACAAUUUUUGAUGGUUUGUCAACGCUGCGCAAGAACAACACCGGUUACGAUAUGAAGCAGCUGUUCAUCGGGUCCGAGGGUACGAUCGGUAUCAUCACCGGUGUUUCGAUCCUGUGCCCUCCCCGGCCAAAGGCCGUCAAUGUUGCCUACUUCGGUCUGGAGAGCUACGACCAGGUCCGCCAAGCCUUUGGCGAGGCUAAGAAGCAGCUUUCUGAGAUUCUCUCUGCGUUUGAGCUUAUGGACGGCCGCAGUCAGAAGCUCGUCCACACAAGUACGGGCAACAAGUACCCAUUAGAAGGCGAAUACCCCUUCUACUGCUUGGUUGAGACUAGCGGGUCUAACGCUGAUCACGACAUGGAGAAGCUGGAAGCGUUCUUGGAGAGCGUCAUGGGCGAGGGUAUCGUCGCGGACGGUGUUUUAGCCCAGGAUGAGACUCAGUUUCAGAGCAUCUGGCGCUGGCGAGAGGGUAUCACAGAGGCCUUGAGCCACCUCGGCGGUACCUACAAGUACGAUGUUUCCAUUCCCCUUCCCGAGCUGUACCAGCUGGUCGACGACUGCCGCGAGCGCCUGACAAAGAUGGGCUUUGUCGGUGAUGACGACUCGUUCCCCGUCCGCGCAGUUGUCGGGUAUGGUCACAUGGGUGACUCAAACCUCCACCUCAACAUCGCCGUCCGCCAGUAUAACAAGGACGUCGAGAAGGCGAUCGAGCCUUGGGUGUAUGAGUGGAUUCAGAAGCGAAGCGGAAGCAUCAGCGCCGAGCACGGUCUCGGCGUUGCGAAGAAGGAGUUUAUUGGAUACAGCCAAAAUGACACUAAUCUCAAGCUCAUGAAACAGCUGAAGGAUUUGUAUGAUCCGAACGGAAUCCUCAACCCUUACAAGUACAUAUAA